GAUCGGCGGUGCGCUGUGUCCCUCGGACACAGCCGAUCACGGAAAGAGCCAAAGAUGUCGGCUCGGUCAUGUGAUCAGCUGUGUCCAAUCACAGCUGAUCACAUGGCACUGAUGAUCAGUGUGCCCUGAUGAUCAGUGUAGCCCCAGAAGUGCCACCUGUCAGUGUCCAUCAGUGCCUUAUAUCAGUGCUCAUCAGUGCCUUGUGUCAGUGCCCAUCAGUGCCACAUAUUGCCUACCAGUGCACAUCAGUGCCACAUAGUGCCCAUCUGAGCUGCCUUUCAGGAUCACCCAUCAGUGCCAGUCAGUGUCACCUGUCAAUGCCAAUCAGUGCUGCCAAUCAGUGCCGCCUGUUAGUGCCAGUCAGUGCC